AUGAAAGAUCAAAAGACCGAUUUUAGUACAGGUGUAAUGAAGGUUUACGCCUCACUCUUUAAACCGUUACGUGUCACAAGGCAUCAAUUUAAGAAGAUUUUAAAUUGUAUGAAACUGAUACGUUCCCUUAAAUAUCAGGAAGUUUAUGCUCAAGAAAAAGUCACUAAAGUGGACAGUCUAUCAUUAGUGCUAUCUGGCAAAUUAGUUGUUUCACAAAAUCAACGAGCAUUACAUAUAGUGUUUCCUCAUCAGUUCCUAGAUUCACCGGAAUGGUUUGGUGUUUCUACCGACGAUUAUUUUCAGGUAUCCAUAAUGGCUAUGGAAGAAUCGCGUGUGUUAAUUUGGCAUCGUGACAAGUUAAAAUUAUCCAUUAUGGCAGAACCAUUUCUGCAAUCAGUAUUCGAUCAUAUACUAGGACGAGAUGUAGUUAAGAAAUUGAUGCAAGUGACACAGGUUAGCGAGUCAAUUGCAAGCAACGGAUUCCUGCCUUCAGGUGGCUAUGACGAUGGCGAAGAUAAACCUAUGCUUAUAAUGAAGAAAAGUGUGGAGGGUCAUGGUUUAACAGCUUUAAUUAAUAGGCAAUUACAAGAGGAGCAUGUGCCUUUACUUGGGCGUACUUAUUCCACUAAGCCCAUACGUUUGGUGUCGCCCACUCUAACGAGUGACACUGCUGCAGGCAAUAACGCUUCCGCGCGAACAAAUAUCAAAAAUGUUGUUUACAAAGAGCUAACAUCUCCAUGCUAAAUAGCCACUGAAAACGAAAGCAACAGCACACUUAACACCUAUUUUCAUUCUAUUUGAACUUAACACUACUUAUUUCUCUCAAAACGGCCAUGGCAUAAAUGCAAACAAAUUAAUUAUUUAUUAGAAUAUUCGUAUUCCAA